GGUGGACUUGAUUUAGGGUUUUGCCGUUUAAGAAAGGGAAUGGCUACAAUAGGUGUGCCACGUUGAGUGCUAGCAGGCAACCCGGGGGCACAGGUUCAUUAAAUGUAGAUUUCUCUAAAUAAUGGGUGGGCAACCCCGGUCGUUAAUUAGAGCACGGUGAAAUUCGAUCUCAUACAGGGACAUGAGAACAGUCUUCAGCUGUCAUUCAUGCGCUUAUCAGGAAAUGUAGCUAAAACGUAUUAAGGUGGCGUAAAUGUUAGGGCUAAUUAAGUCAUUAAGGCCAUAAGUUUUUUCCCACUCAGAGCUCCUACUGCUUGGAAGCUCCACCCCAGCUUGUGAGUUUCACCUGACCAGGUGCUUAUAUUUUUAUAUAUAUUUUGCCUCUCCCCAGAAUGGAACAGGCGAACCAGACCCAGACCACAGUAAAGGAGUUCUUCAUUGUGAACUUCCCAGGGCUCGACUUUCAGUAUUAUAAGUUGAUGGGCAUGAUCUUCUUCCUGAUCUACGUCACCACCGUGGUGGGGAACUCUCUCCUGGUGGCGCUGUUCUUCAUCGAGCGCCAGCUCCAGAAGCCCAUGUACAUCAUCAUGCUGAGCCUGGCCCUGUCCGACAUCGGCUUCUGCACCGUAGCCCUGCCCAAAGCCAUCGGCCGCUACUGGCUAGACGAUGGCGCCAUCCCCUUCCACGUCUGCUUCUUCCAGUACUUUCUGAUCCACUAUUUUGGGACGCUCAACUCGCUGAUCCUGCUGGCCAUGUCGCUGGACCGCUACCUGGCCAUUUGCUUCCCGCUGCGCUACCCGACGCUCAUGACCAACCGCACCAUGGGGGCGCUAACUGGCUUCUCCUGGGUGUCUGCCGCGGUGUCCCCAGGCAUCUCUGUCGGCAUGACUGCCCGGAUGCCUUUCUGCGGGCCCAACCGGAUCAUCCACUGCUACUGCGACAGCGUGUCCACCACCUCCCUGGUGUGCGCUGACACGCGGCAGGUCUUCAGUGUGUCUGUGGCCCUGGCCAUGUUCGUGCUCCUGGUGCCACUCAUCUUGAUCUUAUUAUCUUACAUCAGCAUCAUCGUGGCGGUGCUGAAGAUAGCCGACGCCCAGGGCCGCUACAAAGCCUUCUCCACCUGUGCUACACAGGUGUGCAUCAUCAGCAUAUACUACCUGCCCCGCUUUGGAGUCUACCUGAGCUCCCUAGUCUCCUUCGUAAAGAUCAGCCCAGAUCUGCGGAUCAGUCUCACACUCUUCUAUAGCCUGUUCCCCCCCUUAAUUAACCCCCUCAUAUACUGCUACAGGACCAAGGAGAUCAAGGACAUUUUGUACAAAUGGUUUUGUCAAAGGAAUGUCGUUAGUCAGACACGUAUAGUCGCGACUGUUUCCAAAUGAAACAGGCAGUUUGAUCCAAAAUAUCAAUUCUGACUGACAACACAUACUGUAGUGUGUGUGUGUGUCGAUGUGUGAUGCCAACAAAUGGCUAUUUUCGAAUUCAUUUUGAUGAUUGUUAAACCAGCUAAAAUGUGAAGAAAUAAAUGUUCAUUCUUUAUUCAGAUUUAUUAA